AUGAAAAAGCUUUUGAUUUUAGUGGUUGAGUUGGCAUUGGUAGGAGGAUGUUUUGGUUCGGCAUAUUUAUCUAGAAGUGGAAACAUAGCAAGAAAUUUGGUAAAAAAACAAGUCUUUGAUUCCGCAAGAACUCCACAGAUGAUAAAUGCUGCUAGGGUUCCUGAAAGGAUGAUGAGGAAUCCUGAGGUUGCAGCUCAGAUUAAGUUUGUUGAGGAACAGAAGAAGUUAUUCGAUUCUAAAGUAGCAACCAACCCUCCAUCAUUGCCCAGAUUAGACCGUGCUAACUUCAACAAUUUGUUGUUCGCUCCAUCAGACUUGAACUUAGCCGGAGUCGAGGAGGCUUGGGAUGAGAAAUUACAUCAGGUUGUUGUUCAGACUGACGGAGAAGUUUCAGCAAAAGUUAAGGGUAAGCUCAGAUUGCAAUUUUUAAAGAAGAGAGGCUUCUCAGCAAGAGAAGGUUCUUUAGAGGAGAUUCACGCACUAAGAAUUAGUCCAAAUUAUCACCCAGAGAAAUAUAUGUUGAAUUAUCCAGGUGGAAAGCUUUCUAUUCCAACUCAUGAUGAAAAAGGAAGACCAUUACCAGAGGAGCAUAUUAGAGCUUUGAUGGCAAGAGCCACUCAAUUCGAUGCUCAAACAAUGCUUGGUCCUUACCCAUCCACAUUUUCUGAAAUGGAAAACGUAAGACUAUCUGCAGGAGUUCCGGGGAUUUCCUCAGCAUACAACUCAUAUGUUCCUGGUCUUGGUGCUGGUACAAUGAUGGGUCCUGGCGGAGCCAAGGGGGGAUAUGGUGGUGAAAGGGUUGGUUUCGAUGCCUAUGGUCCAAUGGGUAUUAUGACUGGAAGACCUGUUAUAUCUGCUUAUGGUCCUCUUGGUGCUCAAAUGGGUCCAAUGGGUCCAAUGGGUUCAGCGGGUCCAAUGGGUUCAGCGGGUCCAAUGGGUUCAGCGGGUCCAAUGGGAGGGCCAGGAAUUACUACCUUUGGUCCAUUUGGAAGUGGUGCAGGUUCAAUGGGUUCGAUGGGAGGAUUUAUUCAGGAUAAAGUGGUUUCUGGAGUAGGCCCUAUUGGAACAAUGAAGCCUGGGUUAUAUAUGCCAGGAAGUCAUUCAAAGGUAAGACAGUUCUUGGAUGAGAGCAACCCAAAGAACCCAUUCUUAGUUGUUUGGGAUUCAGCCAAACUUUCUGCUUCAUUACAAGCUCCAAGCGACAUUAAUCCAGCUCAUGAACGUUUUAGAAAGGUAAAGAGUGGAGGCCAUCAAAUGUGGAUCAGUUCCAAGUCAAGAAAUGCAUUAGAGGUCCAGGGAAGAGCUUUAGAUUUAGCGUCUAGAGGUUAUCGUGUUUUUAUUACUCCUCCAAUUACAAUGAUUUCAACUCCAGAACAUCCAGGUUUGGGAGCACUUCUACAGACAAGUGGAUCAUCUUCAAUUGAGGGUAAGCUAUUGGUAGAGAAGGCUGCUGGUUUAUGGCCAAUUAGUGCUGUCAGAUUCGCAGGCGGAGAUCUAGUUGUUGAGGCUAUUGGAUGGCAAGGAUCUAGAAUGUUGCCACCAAUGUUGGCUGAAAGUAUCCGUACUUUGCAAAAGUACAGACCACAAAGAAUUAUCAUUCGUGACUCAGCACGAUCAUACUGGCAUUUGAUCGGCCCGUAUAAGGCCUCUAUGAUUCCAGGCUACAUCUUACCAGAAAAAGUAGUUUCUGGAAUCCCUAGCUUCCCCACUCAUACCGUUGAGUCUGGAAAGGGACCAUAUGAAAAGACAAGCCGUUUCAGAAGACAUGCUCCAACUGAUGCACCAUUAUGGGGUAAAUCUGCUGCCGAAACAGGCCCAAUAAUAAUACAACGUACUGACAGACAUGGUGCAAGCGAGUUGGGAAGAUUACUCCCAGUCAAGCCAAGCGGUUUGUUUAGAGAUACCAAUGAGUGUUUGGCACUGCAACAGUACGGAAGGGAACCCUACAAAUUUGGAUUACUUUCUACUAUGGGAUCUGGAAAGUUGUAUGAUAUGGCUGUACGCGCUGCAACCAAAUUAAGAGAAAGGGGUAGAUUUACUUUUGUUGAAGACACAUGUCUAGGUUUAAGAAUCUUGAUUACCAUGUAUGACGAAAUGAGGAAUGAUAUUCAGUGUGCCUCUGUUAUGAGAGCUACUGCUGCCUUGAAGAAUGAGGCAGGAUUAGACGAGUUCAUAAGAAAGGAAAUUUGCUCAAACAUCUUCAAAAUGCCGUCAUUACCAUCUGUUGAUUUGAGACCUUUGAACUUAGCAUUAAUGAAUCCAACAGAGAUUGCAGCCCACUAUAACUUAAGAACCUUCCCUAAGGUAGCCCCUUAUACCUCAAGACUCUUCGGAGCUGCUAUUCACAAGUCUGAGGCUCUCCAAGAAGCCAUUUCAGCAUCUCCUCUCGCAAAGGGAGUUAAUUCCAAGAUAUAUCGUGAUGUUUGCUCUGAAGUUUCAUUUACUUUACAGGAGCUCAAUCCAUUUGAAAACUCCUCAGCUCAACAAUGUGUUGAAUCAAUUAAGGCAGUUUUUGGUCUUCAUGUACAACAAUGGGAACAAGUUGAAGAUUCUGCUUUGAUAGAUAUUUGUACCAAGUCUGGAUACAGAUUAUUACCUUCAAGUGACUUGUCAACCACAAAAAUCUAUGGAUUUUCUGAGAUUAGACAGAUUUUCUUAUUAGAGAAAGAUCACGCAGUUCAUAGACCAUAUAUACUUGAGGAUUCAGUUAUCUUUGAAUCCAAGGUUAAGGCACAUCAUGCUUGGUGUAAAUAUACCACUCCAGAGGGUAAAUGUGUUGCUACAGACAUAGCGAAGAAAUGUGAUGGGUUAUCAGUUCCUUUGGUUAACCGUUCCCAAUUAUUUGCUUAUUUCUCAGAACAAAUUCUUAACAAGAUGGUUAAAGGAUCAAAAUUCCCAAUCCAUACUAACACAAUUUGUGGGAUUUUUGUAGUAGUUUCGGCAUUUUCUGAUGAUGAAAAUACCAUAGCAAGUACUCUAUUAGAUAAAUUAGGUUCAGUUUUCCCUAUAUUUACUGAUGGCCAGGCACUAACUACAUGGAGAGGCUUUUUAGCACAUGAAAAAAAGAUUAUGAAGGUCAAGAAUUACACUUCAAUUUACCAAUUAUAUUCAAAACCAAUGAAAUACAUAAGUGCUUCAGAUCAAUCAUUAAUUGCUGAGCUUGAAACUGAGGCAGAAUACAAGCCAAAGAUAUCUGACAACCAGAAGAAUGAAGAAAUAACUUCGGAAUCAUCUGUUGUUACUGAAGCAUCUGAAGAAUCUGAGGAAGAGUCAGAAUAG